GCAAGAUGGCGGCGGCUGAGGCGGCGAGGGCCGGAGCGGGGCGGGCGGCCGGGCGGGCGCCGAGGGGAUGAGCAGCCGCCCCCGCGCCUCGCAGCCAUGGCCCGGCUGGCCGACUACUUCCUGGUGGUGGCCUUCGCGCCGGGCAAGCGCGGUAACGGGGAUGGCCAGGGGCAGAUACUCCAGCGCUUUCCGGAGAAGGACUGGGAGGAUAACCCUUUCCCCCAGGGCAUUGAACUGUUCUGCCAGCCAAGUGGAUGGCAGCUCUUCAGUGAGAGAAGCCCCCCAACUUUCUUCAUUGCUGUCCUGACAGACAUCAACUCAGAGAGGCAUUACUGUGCCUGUUUUACAUUCUGGGAGGCUGUUGAGAGUACUCAGAACCGUUUGAGGAGUGAGGAGGAGGAGGAGGAAGUGGCAGCUCUCAUCCCACCUGCUCAGCUCUUUGCCCCCAAGAGUUUGGUGCUUGUGUCUCGGUUGGACCAUGCUGACGUCUUCCGGAACUGCUUGGGGCUCAUUUAUACCAUCUACGUGGAUGGACUGGGCACCUCCUUGGAGACUGUCAUUGGGAACCUCUUGACCUGCACCAUCCCCAUCACAGGGGGCACCCAGAGGACAAUCUCUCUCGGUGCAGGUGACAGGCAAGUGAUCCAGACUCCUAUCACCGACUCUCUUCCAGUCAGCAACUGCAGCGUGGCACUUCUCUUCCGACAGCUUGGGAUCACCAAUGUGCUCUGCCUCUUCUGUGCUGCUCUUACUGAGCACAAGAUCCUGUUUCUGUCCAGCAGCUACCAGAGACUGACGGAUGCCUGCAGGGGCCUGCUUGCCCUCAUGUUCCCCCUGAAAUAUAGCUUCACAUACGUGCCCAUCCUGCCAGCUCAGCUCCUGGAGGUCCUCAGCACACCGACCCCUUUCAUCAUCGGUGUCAGCUCCGCCUUUCAGUCUGAGACACAGGAACUGCUGGAUGUGAUCAUAGCAGACCUGGAUGGUGGGACAGUUACAAUCCCUGAGUGCAUUCACAUCUCAUUGCUGCCUGAGCCACUUCUCCACCAGACACGAGACGCCCUUUCAGUGGUCUUGGACCCCGAGCUGGAGAUUGCAGACCUGGCCUUCCCCCCAUCAACCAUCUCUGCUUCCUCCCUCAAGAUGCAGGACAAGGAGAUCCGGGCUGUUUUCCUCCGCUUGUUUGCACAGUUGCUGCAAGGCUACCGCUGGUGCCUGCACAUCAUCCGCAUUCAUCCAGAGCCCGUCAUUCGCUUUCACAAGGCAGCCUUCCUUGGGCAGAGGGGACUGGUGGAAGAUGACUUCCUCCCAAAAGUGCUGGAGGGCAUGGCAUUUGCUGGGUUUGUGACAGAGCGGGGUCCCCCCUAUCGGGCCUCCGACCUGUUUGAUGAGCUGGUAGCUAAUGAAGCAAAGCGGAUGCAAGCGGACGAAGGGAGCAAGGCCAGGGUUCUACGCCACAUCAAGGAGCUGGCAGAGCAGUUGUACAAAAACGAGAACCCGUACCCUGCAGUGACAAUGCACAAAGUGCAGAAGCCUGCGGAGGGCUGCCACUUGCGCUUGCACCAGAGACCUUUCCCUCGUUUGGAUGAGGGGACCAUUCAGUGGAUUAUCGACCAGGCAACAGCCAAGCUCCAGACAGCUCCCCCGGCAGUGAAGGCUGAGAAGAAGUGCAUGGUGCCAUCUGGACCUCCCCUUGGUGCUAUCAUGGAGCGCAAUGGCAUCGUCUUGGCCAACAGUGCUCGUCGACUAGAGGUGGUCAGGAACUGCAUCACUUACGUCUUUGAGGGCAAGAUGUUGGAGGCCAAAAAGCUUCUCCCCGCUGUGCUGCGAGCCAUGAAGAGCCGGGCUGCUCGGCACUGUCUGACUCAGGAAUUGAACCUUCAUGUGCUGCAGAAUAGAGCGGUGCUGGACCAUCAGCAGUUUGACUUCAUUGUCCGCAUGAUGAACUGCUGUUUACAGGACUGCAGUGCCACAGAUGAACAUGGGGUUGCUGCUGCACUUCUGCCGCUGGUCACCGCUUUCUGCCGCAAACUCAGUCCUGGGAUCACACAGUUUGCCUACAGCUGCGUGCAGGAACACUUGGUGUGGACCAACAUACAGUUCUGGGAGGCCAUGUUCUACUGUGAUGUGCAGAACCACAUCCGGGCUCUCUACCUGGAGGGCGCGGAGGAGAAUGGCGUGCAGAAGGGAAACGACGAAGGGCCACAGAAAGAAAGGGCUGCCCUGGAGAUUGCCGCAGAGCAGUGCUGCCACUGGCCCACCCUCAGCCGCGAGAAGCAGCAAGAGCUGAUCCAGAAGGAGGAGAGCACCGUCUUCAGCCAAGCUAUUCACUAUGCCAACCGCAUGAGCUACCUGCUGCUGCCCCUGGACACCAGCAAGAGCCGGCUGCUGCGUGGCUCCGGCCUGGGGGAUGCAGAGAGCGUCAGCAACAGCUUCAUCACCAACAGCAUUGCCGGCAGCGUGGCUGAUAGCUAUGACACGGAGAGUGGCUUUGAGGAGGCCGAAAGCUCGGAUGUUGCCAACUAUGUGGUACGAUUCAUCAACCGCUUUGUGGACAAAGUCUGCACAGAAAGUGGUGUCACCAACGAACAUCUCAAGGGGCUGCAUGUCAUGAUUCCGGACAUUGUCCAGAUGCACAUUGAGACCCUUGAUGCAGUGCAUAGAGAAAGCAAGAGGCUGCCUCCAAUACAGAAGCCCAAGCUGCUCCGGCCAAGUCUGUUGAUAGGCGAAGAAAGUGUGAUGGAGGGUCUUCGCGUGUAUCUCAUGCCUGAUGGGAGGGAAGAAGCUGCGGGUGGAAACAUGGGUGGCCCACCUCUGCUUCCUGCGGAAGGAGCCAUCUUCCUCACUACUUACCGCAUCAUUUUCAAGGGCACCCCAACAGACCCAUUAGUUGGGGAGCAAGUGGUGGUCCGCUCUUUCCCCAUUGCUUCCCUGACCAAGGAGGAGAAGAUCACAGUCCAGGCCCAGGUGGAUCAAUUUAUCCAGGAGGGUUGCGCUCAGCUCCAGCUACGCUCCUGUACAUUCCAGUUGCUGCGCAUUGCCUUUGAUGAGGAGGUAGCUUCCGAGAGUGCAGAGGUCUUUAGGAAACACCUGAACAAACUGCGCUACCCACAGCACGUCUCUGACACCUUUGCUUUCACAGCGGGCCAGUUGACCAAGCAGACAGUGCAGCCCAAGUCCAAGGAGAAGAACCCGUCACUCAGGUCCAUCUCCAAGAUCCUGGUGAAGAAUGCGAAGAAGACCAUUGGCCGUCAGUAUGUCACACGCAAAAAAUACACCCCACCUGCCUGGGAGCAGCGUGGUAGCCAGCAGCAUUUCCCAGACGACCAUGAGGAUGAGAUAUCAGUGUCUGAAGAAGUGGAAAGAAGUACCUUGACACCAUCCACCACCAUCAGGCCCUCAGACAAGAUGACCAUGAGCCACCUAGUAGAACGAGCCUGCUGUCGGGAUUACCAGCGCCUGGGAUUGGGCACGCUGAGCAACAGCCUCACCCGCUCCAAGAACGAGCCCUUUCGCAUCUCCACGGUCAACCGGAUGUACGCGAUCUGCCGGAGUUACCCAGGGCUGCUCAUCGUCCCCCAGAGCAUACAAGACAACACCCUUCAGCGGAUCUCACGCUGCUAUCGUCAGAACCGGUUCCCUGUUGUGUGCUGGCGGAACUCGCGCACCAAGGCAGUCCUGCUGCGCUCAGGCGGGCUGCAUGGCAAAGGUGUGGUGGGCCUCUUCAAGUCGCAGAACGCUCCCGCCACAGGCCCUUCUCAGGCAGACUCCACCAGCCUGGAGCAGGAGAAGUACCUGCAGGCAGUAGUCAAUUCCAUGCCCCAUUCCGCAGAGGCCGGUGGCCGCAACACUCUCAGUGGCUUCACUUCCGCCCAGAUGAGCAGCGCAGAUUCUUCUGAGAAGCGGCAGCCCAAGCUGGGAUCCCUUAUGAAGCAGGUGAUGGGAGGGAAGGACGAAGGGCCCGGCCCUGUUAGCCGUGGAGCACCAGGUCACAGAGCUAGGGUCAUUACCCUCUCCAGCCCCAAGAGCCUGUCGGCAAAGGGACGCAACUCCCCUCGAGGCAAGUGGGGCAGCAUCCGAGCCAGUGGGCGCAUGAGCAGCUACGCUCUCAACAUGGAGAUUGGUUCCCGCUUGGCGGGGAAGGAACUGCUGAGCAUUCCGCCAAAUGGGUCCCCCUCCGAGGCCAGCUUCCUGCGCCAGCACCGUGCUUCGCUGUACAUCAUUGGAGACAAAUCCCAGCUCAGGGGAGUGAAGCCUGAUCCGUUGCAGCACUGGGAGGUGGUGCCCAUUGAGGUUUUCGAAGCGCGGCAGGUCAAGACUAGCUUCAAGAAGCUGAUGAAGGCCUGUGUGCCUGGCAGCCCCUCUGCAGAACCUGGCGUAACCUACCUGCGCUCCCUGGAGGAGUCGGAGUGGCUGGUGCAGAUUCACAAGAUCUUGCAGAUCUCGGUGCUUGUCGUAGAGCUGCUGGACACAGGCUCCUCUGUACUGGUCAGCCUGGAGGACGGCUGGGACAUCACUACCCAGGUGGUGUCUCUAGUGCAACUGCUGUCGGAUCCUUACUACCGUACCCUGGAAGGAUUCCGGCUUCUGAUUGAGAAGGAGUGGCUGUCCUUUGGGCACCGAUUCAGCCACCGCGGGGCACAGACCUUGGCCAGCCAGAGCAGCGGCUUCACGCCCAUCUUCCUGCAGUUCCUGGAUUGUGUCCAUCAGAUCCACUUGCAGUUCCCCCUGGAGUUUGAGUUCAGUCAGUACUACCUGAAGUUUCUCAGCUACCACGCUGUGUCUGCUCGCUUCCGCACUUUCCUGCUGGACUCUGACUAUGAGCGGCUGGAGUUGGGCCUCCUGUACGAGGAGAAAGGGGAUCGGAAAGGGUCCCCCCAGCUCUUCAGGUCUGUGUGGGACUACAUUGACCGCCUGAACAGGAAGGUGCCCAUCUUCUUCAAUUACAUGUAUGCCCCCGAGGAUGGGGAGGUACUCCGUCCCUACAGCAACAUCUCCAACCUCAAAGUGUGGGACUACUAUAUACAAGAGACCCUGUCCGAGGGCCCCUCGUAUGACUGGGAGCUCGUGCAGGGCCAAGCGGAGCCCAGUGAGGAGGCUGGGCAGCCGGACACGAACGCGCCGCAGAGCAAGCGCAAGAUCAUCUGGCCCUGUUACGACAACCGCAGCCGCAUGGAGCCUGAUGCCAUCUCACGGCUGCUGGAGGAGCUACAAAAUCUGGAAAUGGAGCUGGGGCAGGUUCCAGAGCGUUGGAAAGAGACAUGGGACAAAGUGAAGACCUUCCAGCGGUCAGAGGCCCAGGCAGACUCUAGCAGCCGAGUCGCAGCCAGCUCUUUGCUGAUGGCGUCCAGCCUGCCACACCAGCGGCGCUCUCUUGGCGUCUACCUGCAAGAGAGUGGUGUUAGCUCCACCAUCAACCUCAGCCUUGACAGUGAUGCUAGCAGCACUUCCACCCCCUCCAGUGGGAAGCAGGGGGGUCGCAAGAGCACGAGCACGCUCUACAGCCAGUUCCAGACAGCCGAAAGCGAGAACCGUUCAUACGAGGGAUCGCUUUAUAAAAAAGGAGCUUUCAUGAAACCUUGGAAGCCGCGAUGGUUCGUGCUGGAUAAAACAAAGCACCAGUUGCGGUACUACGAUAACCGUCUGGACACAGAGUGCAAAGGGGUCAUUGACCUGGCAGAGGUGGAGUCCAUCACUCCAGGCACCCCCACCAUGGGAGCUCCAAAAAUGGUGGAUGAAAAGGCCUUCUUUGAUCUGAAGACGACAAAGCGUGUUUACAAUUUCUGCGCCCAGGAUGUGCAGCUGGCCCAGCAGUGGAUCGACCGCAUCCAGAGCUGCUUGUCUGACGCCUGAGCCUGCCCGUUGCUGCACAUCUGGGCCUCAGCAGGGGACACAGAAGUUGUGCCUAGGCCAUAAGGACAGGAUUAAUGGAGGGACACGGCGGGAAGAGAAGCCCCUCUCUGCACCCCCAGGCUGCAUUCCCUGUGUGCUCCGCAAGCCUUGCUGGGCAGGGACAGUCCGGCACGUCAUGGUCAGGACAGGCUUGGAGCAAAACAGCAGGAAGUGCAAGUGAGGAGCCUCCCCUUUCCCCAGCACUGCUCUUGAGGCUUCUGCUUCCGCACUUGUGGGGGAACAUGGUGGAGCUUGCUGGCUCGUUCGCUGAGAGAGCCCUCUGCUCUGGUGGAGGAGGAAGGGGCCGAGUGUUUGACCGUUCUGCUGCUGAGGAAUGGGGCAAAGAGGACCGCCCGAACAGUAUUAGAGUCCUGAAGCACCCGCUUCGAGUGCGUGACAGCGCCAGCUCCUGCAUCCACAGCUCGGGACUCUGGGCCUGGGGAGGGUCCACUGCCAGAGCCGGCACUGUCCACCUCUUCCUUCGGGGCAGUGUCGUCUGAUACCAGCUGCAUGAAAAUGGAUGCUAGUCUGGGCAGGGCAGUGGGGAUGGCGAGCCUUGGCGUGGCUAGUCCUGAGAGGAUGCCCUCCAAGGGACCCGCUGGAGACAGCCGUGUGCCUGCGGUCUGUCUCUCUCACACCCACCUCCCCUCCCCUCUUAAUGCAGCAGGGGUCCCAGGACAGUUUGCCUCCUUUCUCCACCUUUCCUGUAUAAUAUAAUAUCAUCCCAAAGUAAAUCAUGUUCAAUGCCUCUUGUCACGGAUUGGGGAACUUCCUUCUUCCACUUGCAUUUGACAGAUAGCGCAGCCUCCCCUUUUAAAGGAAUAUUUUAUUUCAAGCCCCAAGACAUUGUACAUAACCUUCUGCCUCCCCCCUCCUUUUUUUAAGUUGUACAAUAAAGACUGAGGCAAGGUAGUGCAGGCUGUUGUGAAGUGGAGGGUUUUGUAACUUACCUACGCGGUUGUAGAUUAUUGAACUUUCUGUACAUUGUGUCAAACCUACAGAGUCCUUGUAUUGUAUUGUGCCUAGAGGAAAAAAUAUAUGAAGAGGAAGAAAAACUUAAUUGAAUUUAAUAAAAAAAAAUAAAUACCA